CGUACAAAAAACAGUUCUGGGCAUCAAAGAGAAUGAAGCAGUUCAACAACAGCAACAAAGUAACUAGAGAAUCCUCUACUUCCAUUCCCUCCAGGGAACAACAAUCCAUCCUGGAGACUCCGCCCGGCACCAAGUCCUUGGUCAAGUACCGUUCCGUAGACGAGGUCAGCAUCCUGUCUUCACUCAAGAGCUCGGGCCCGCCCAAGUCCUCCUCCAUCUUUGUGGGAGACGAUGUCAGUUUUGGCACCUUAUCUAAAGAUUCAGGUUUGGGAGUAGUGUCUGGACCCAAUUCUGUAGAUGUUCAUGGCAUAAGAGUCGUACCAUCAACAGUCACUUUCGCUGACACCUUUGAGAAUCAGAGCUACGUCAAGAAAGUGUUUGUGCAGAACGUCUCAGAUCGUUCUCUCACCAUCAGAAUAUACAACCCAAGAGCAUGGUCAUUCCGAGUGAUACCGAUAGAACGAGGAUACCAGCUAGCUCCUGGACUGAAGAUUGUACGCUGCAUGCACUACACUUGCACCAAGUCCGGGAUCGUACACUCCAGCCUGCCCAUAUAUGUCAACGACAAGUGUUACCAUCUCCCUUUGGAAGCAUACAAGGGGCAAGCAUUUGUGGCAAUCAGCCCAACAUCAAUAGAUUUUGGCCGAGUUGACAUCGGAGCGAAGCCUGUGGAGAAACGACUGGUGAUACGCAACGCCAGCUCCUGCGCCACCAAAUUCUUGGUAGAUCUUGGCCGCAAUGAAUUGGAUCUACAGGUGACCCCACUGAAAGGUUGGAUCCGUCCUCACUCCUCGGUUACAAUUUGUCUUCAGCUGAUACCUCUGCGAGUGGGCGAGCUGUCCUCCGAGAUAUGGAUAACAACAGACCUGUCCCAGAAUCGGAUACAAGUAUCCGGAGAGGCCUGCAAGCGCAGUCUAAUGGCUCUACACCCCAACAGUACGAGUGAUUUCACACUGGUGGAGUUCCCCACAACCUUCUACGGGUGCCGCCGCUACCAGACCGUGAUAAUUUACAACAUGGCUGCGUCAAGUAGCGCUUUUGUGGUCCUGGUGGAUUAUGGCAACAAGCAGCACAUUCCAAUAAGAGAAGCCCAGAAAGGGAAGAACAAGCAAAUAAAGAUGUUUCAUGUGGAUACAGAAGAAGGAAGAAUCAGACCAUUUGAGGGCCGGAUAAUCACAAUUUGGUUCCAGCCUAUAGCCCCAGAGGAAUGCACGACCGGCUGGAAGUCCAAAGAUGUGGAAGAAGUUAACGAUUAUCUUUGUGCCAUCAGAAUAAAAAGGAUCCAGGUGGAUGAGUUUGGAAUGGAAGGAGCAAUUACAAGUGAGCCAGAACUUCUGAGUCCCAAACCAAAAUUUGUUGCCACUGCAAAAAACCACUCUGUUCCUGACUUGGAUUUGUUAAUGGCCGAAGGACAGACUACAGCCAGAAUUAUCCCAGUGUUUAAUGAAAUCUCUGUGCUGUUGUGUCUAUAUGGAGAGGCUGAGUGGGCAAAGCUCUCAGUGGUACCAGACACUCUCUACUUCUCCUGUGUCUCUGUUGGCUUCCGACAAAACAAGGUCCUCCAUAUAACCAACAAGUCGACUCAGAAUCUGGCUUUUCGUUACAGCAAAAUACCAUUUUUCAAGGUUUCACCGGCCUUUCAGAAGCUUGCACCAAAAGCUACUUGCGAUGUUUCUGUUACACACUGUGCCCAUAAUCUCGGUGCAAUACAAAACAAGCUAGUGUUUGAAAUCCUGGCCCAUUCUGACAGCACUGAUGGGGUAGACUACAAAGUGGUGAAUCAUUUGAACGUGAAAAUGUUCGGUAAUGUGAAAUCUCAAACGAAAGUUCCAGAACCUAAGUUUAAUCCAGGAAUUACACCAUUGAUAUCACACGAAGUGGGGUUUCUGACAGACGAAGUGACCUUCCUGAGCAAAGUGGAAAAGCCAGUGUGCGCGAUGGGUGCCGUCUCCAAAAAUGACCGCCCCUGGCUCAAGACUGAUGCAACGAUUGCGUUCCCCAAUGAUAGGCCUCCCAUAUUGAGGCCUAGACUUACCGAUCACACUGCCAAGACUAUAUUCAAGGGCCUGAGCAGAUAUAUAGCUCCAGUGGAUGAAACAUUGACCUACACAAUGGAGGAACUGUUGCGAAAAAGAAUGAAUGAGAAGCAGAUAUUAAAUUACAUUCGAGGAACAGCUGCACUCUCUGUAUCGAAGGAACGGGGCUGUAAUACGAAGGCCAUGCAGCCGCAGAGUGAACCACUGUUACCGCCGCAGCUGUAUGGGAGAAAAAACAAUAAUCCAAAGGACGUUUUGGUAUCUUUGACCUUCACGCAGCUGUACCGCAUCAAAGUUACCCCGGCACUCAUCUCCUUUGGUAGUGUAACAACAAAUAAAGUUUGUACUCAAGUACUCACCGUUGAAAACAAAAAUGACUUCCAAAUAAGUGCUAAAAUAUUGCCACUUGCAUCUGGAGUGCAAGUCCAAAUCCUGGACAUCUUCAUCGUUCCAGCCCAGUCGGAGACGAGGGUGGUUUUGAAUUUCCAUCGUGAGGUUCUCGGUAGAUACAGUGGGACCAUAACAUGCGUGAUCAAUGGUUUCCACUCGUUUGACAUCGCAGUGGUGGCCGAGGUGGUGCCCAAGAGCCUCACCGUGUCCCCAGACCGGGUCGACUACAAGCUGCCAGAAGUUCCGUUCGCCCAGACCUUUGUACCCCUGGCCAUCUACAACCCUCUCAAUACUGCAGUUUCCUUCACCUGGUACAUCGCUGAAGGGUCGCCAUUCAAAGUGGAACCUCUUCUCGGGGUGACUCCUAAAAAGGGGAUGGUGUGGUGUGCAGUUUACUUCGAGCCCGACAGCCCCAACUACAAACUUCACCCUGUGGAUUUGUUUGUAGAGAAUAUACUCUGUCACAAAUUUAAAUGUGGUGUGACCAUGUCAAGACCUGUCGUCUACUUCCUGGAGCCUACCUUCAACAUUGGCUUCAUCCCACUGAACUUACUGACCACCAAACGCUUCACUGUGUUCAACCAGCAGUACUGUGACACCAUGUUUGUUGUACUCAACAAGGAGCCUGUCAAAGGGGUUGUGGUGAAGCCUCCUAGUGGAAAUAUUAAGGGACGAAGCUGUUUCUCCUUAACACUUGAGAUGAACAUCUCUGAAGAGGGUCCACUGGAGUUUGUGGUCUACAUGAAUGUACAGAACAGUGUGACCAUAGAGAUGAAAGUCAAUGGUGUAGCAGUUUACCCACAGGUGGAAAUAACACCGAAAUACAUCAGUCUGACUCGUGUACCAUGUAAUUCAGUAACUCGUACAACACUGUUAGCCGAGAACAAGAGCAAAGCGAAAAUAGAAGUCAGUUUCAACAUGGAGGAAUACCUGCAGUUGAAGUUGUCUCUGUCGAAACGCCACCAUGAUCCGGGUCUUUGCAGGAGAAGUAUUGAACUCGAGCCUGGCGCCACCCAGAAGUUCUAUUUGCAUUUUAUUCCUGAGGACUUGACCUCUUACGAUUUUUAUCUUCCGAUUGUGGUGAAUGGCUUGAGUGGUUUGCGCAACUCAACAGUUAAAGAGUUUGAAGUGCAUUCCAAGAAGAUAAAAUCCAUGUACAGGAAGGCGUCCUUGGAUGAUUCCUCCAAUCAAAACUUCAAAAGCAUGACAAUACCAUCGCAGAAGGCGGCGAUGUCACAUCUUGUGUUAAUUGAAGUCGGGGUGCUCAAGCCCUCGCUGACCUUCUCAGGCACAAAACUUAGCUUCACCUCAACAUUCCAGUCUGACUCCAUCACGAUUACCAACAACUGUGAUGAGCCACUCAAUAUUAUCUUCCGCUGUGAAGAAACCCAGACAGCUUUCACUCUCAAGAUCGACAAUGGCGAGUGUGUGAAGGAGAGGGGAUCUCUCCGUACAGCAUUGGAACCAAGCAAGGAGAUGACAUUGACAGCCAAGUUCGUAGCCACGGCAAUCGGCCAGUACUCUACUGACGUGGUGGUUGUGUUGGCAACACCGGAGCACAACACCGUCUACAAUUGUAUCCGAGUCUGUGGUACCAUCAGCCCUCCCUGCGUCAUCAGUGCGACCACAGACAAUUUGUACUUCCCACCAGUGCCACUGGGUGUGGACCUGAGCUACAGUUUCCGCCUAUUUGUGGACGCACAGAGGUGUACACAAGAGACAGUGGUUGUGGCUGACGUUUCUGGUCCCCAUGCAGAUAAGUUCUCUGUGAAGUUUGUCGACGGUAACACAAUCCCUACGCACACCAGUGCUCCACUGCUGGUCACUGUUACAUUCAAAAGUUCUGUUCCUAUAUCAAUCAACAAACAGAUAACAUUUCAUUCAGUGGCAAGCCAGAACUACAACUUGCAGAUCAUCGCUAGUGCUGACAACUGUCUGCUGACGACACACGCAUUCGCAAAGUCACACAUUUCAAGUGACACGCUUUGCGAUGAUGAGGAUGACGAUAAUUGUGAUGAUGAUGAUGAAGACGGCCCAGUCAAUGGCAAUAAAAGAGCUCCCCAGCUCCAGCUGCCAGACAACUGUGUCAUGCAGCCAAUUAUUAAACCACUUGUUGCAGUUACAAAGUUUUCAGCUGAUUCGCCUUUAUACCAACGGGAGGAGGACAGCUCUUCUGACAGCUCAAUAUCUGUGAUGUCUCUCCUAGGAACUCCAGCACCUGCAUCAAAAACUGUGCAGCACAACACACGUGCCUCUGCUCUGGAACAAAACUCAACUUUAGAGUUCUCUAAUCCUAUUGCGUCUGAGAUCGUGGAGCUGUCGUUGCAAUCAGACGUCAAAGAGGAUAAAUGCCUAGAAAAGUCUGUUGUGGCGACUUCUGUAGCAGUAGUAGAGGGAGAUCUGAUGCCAUUUCCUUUGUUUCCUGUAGACGUGACAGUGACUGAGUAUGCAAUUCACAUGCACCAGACCUGUGAGGCAGUACAGCAGUGGUUCUAUGAACAGGUGUUCAACUGUUCGUACUACCCUGUCCUGGGCAGCCACUGUUUCUCCACUCUAGCACAGAGCUCCAAGAAGGAGUAUGGUCGUAGCCCACCGGUAGCCAUGAGAAACGUAUUUGACGUAUUGGAGCGAAUCUGUGGCAGGAACGUUCGCAGAUACUUCACGCCUCUCGAUAAACAGCCUGAGGACCCCAAUGGCAAGGUGAUGUUUGUAUACUUUGCUUACAAGCAGUUGGUUGACUUUAUGAAAGCCCAGGGAGCUUUAAUCAACCAUGUGGAGCCCAAGUACCUUAUGAGCUACGACGACUAUUGCGUUUACUCGCAGAGUUCUGACAAAAAGGAGGAGUGUAACAAUGAGUUACUGAGCAUCGGGGUGUUCAAAUGUGUUACAACUCAGUGUUGGUUGGACCUGUUCCUGCAGAUUUACAGAACUCUGAUCCUUGGACCAACUGUUGGAGUGAAGGUGGGAAUGUUGGAUCAAGAGGCGGCAGUCAGUGAGGUGCCACACAAGACCAAGUAUGGGAGACCGGAGGAUGUGCUGAUGAGCUGGCUGACUCAUCACUACAACACUCAGCGACUUAUAGUCUGGCCUGAUAAGCCUUCCAGGCCCAGAACUGUCACCAACCUGGAUUCAGAUCUGGAAGAUGGACUGGUUCUAGCCACAGUCACAGCAGCUUACUGUCCCUUUCUAUCACCCCUUCACUUCCAGGCCAUGUUUACCCAGCCCACCACUGUCAGUCAGGCCUACCACAACACAGUGUGCCUGACAAAGUGCGUGGGACAAGAUCAGACUUGGUUACUCUGUGACUCCACGUGA